ACAUCACGUGACGUGGAGGGAGCCUCAACCUAGUGGUCUCGUGGCCGCGCAGCAGCGGGAGCGGUUUCUCCGGAGAGUCAGCAUCAGCUUUUCCUCCACGAAGCAAAGAACCGGGAAGCAGCUGCUGCUCGGGAAGACGAAGGAAACAACUAACGGGGACUUUUUAAAAAUUUAUUUACCUAUUUGGUUUUGAAGGAUUCUUCGAAAACUCCUACAAAAAAAAACUUCAACAAACAAGAGCAGAGGCUGCCGGUUAAAGGGCACAUCUGUCAUCCUUAUCGAGGAGAUGAAUCCAUCAGAGGCAAUGCAGCUGGCUGUCACCAACAGUUAGAUGUUAAUUCCUGGGUGGAAGUUGCUUGGCUGGUCAAAGAGGAAAGAGAGGAACCGGAGGAAAAGGGCGGAAGAUGUCUCGCUGGAUGAUACUGCCCAUCAGCCUUCCAGUCCUGAGCAUCACUGGGAUUUGGGUUGUCUACGCCAUGGCUUUGUACAACCAGCACGUCUGCCCUAUAGACAACUGGUUGUACAACCAGUCGUGUGAAGAGGAGCUACAAACCCAGAUUGGACCACCCUUCUGCUGCACAUUAGAUAACAUACCUUUCAUCAGUAAAUGUGGGACUCUUCCCCCUGAGAGCUGCUUCUUCAGCCUUAUCUGCAGCAUGGGCUCAUUCAUGGUUAUGAUGAUUGUGUCACUUCGCUACGCCCACGUUAUCGAGAAGCACCAGAACUGUAUCCUCAACACGGCGAGUCUGUCCACGGGCUGGAUCUGUUCUGCUGGACUCAUGAUGGUGGGAAACUUCCAGGUGGAUAACGCCAAAAUUCUCCACUAUGUCGGAGCGGGCGUCACCUUCCCCACCGGCAUUCUGUUUGUGUGCCUCCAGUCGGCGCUGACCUACCGACUGGCCAAGACCCAAGGGGAGUAUUACUUGGCUCACCUCCGGCUCUGCGUGACCCUCCUGGCCUUCGUAGCCUUGGUGCUCAGUGGCGUGUUCUUCUGUCAGGAGAGCUUUGCCCUGCAGCACGCCUCGGCUAUCUUCGAAUGGGUGUUCUGUGUCAUCAUCAUGCUCUUUUACGGGACGUUUGCAUUUGAGUUUGCUAGCCUUUCAGGAGACACCAUGGUGAUUCUGGCCAAGGGAGGCCCCCAAGGAUCUUCUGCGAGAGAACAUAAAAUGGAAGCACUGGGUGGACUUGGAGGACCAGUUCCACACUCACAACCACAUCUGCACCAACCCGAAACUAUGUCUAUACUGUAGGGACCUCCUUAGUUCAUAUGUUCAAACUCUGGAUUGUGGAUGAAAUUUAUUUUUCAUUUCCAUCCAUCUGAUGCGUUGAAAUGAAUCCAGGCCAGUGCAGCAGUUGUUCGCUGCAGAGCAGGUAGGCAUCUGCUGCUACAGCGGAGAGCUCAUCUUGUGUUUCGUUCACACCAGGAUUUGUCUCCAAAGGAAAGGAAAAAUAAAUAAACUUGCUUGCAUUUUGCACAAUGAUCAAAUGUGACACCAAAAUUUUCCAACCUCAUUCCUGCCAUUGGUGACCAGCAACAAAAGAAUAUUUGGACAAUCAAAUGGAAUAUUUGUCUUGGAUUGCGUCUCUGGACCACUUCCUCUCACAUGACUGCCAUGAUGCUUUUUUUUAUGCACACACAAAAAAAAAAAAUACUGUGGCUGCUGGACAGCCCAACUGGCGGUAUUACAGAGUGUUAAACUUUUAAAUAAGCAAAAAAUAAUAAUAAUAACGUAAGAGCUGACAAAUGCUUCCUGGAAACAAAAAGCCAACAAGCUACAUUUUGCAACCAUUCACAACUCAGCAAAGCAAUACAACACCCUGUUGUUUAACAUCCUACUCUUCAUAGAUCUUUUGGACCCUUAUUUCGUCCACCUCACCUUCAAGCCAAAGAAAAGCAGAUGACAGAGCUAGAAAUCUAGAACAUGUUUCUCAGGAGUCAGCUGACCAAGGCUAAAUGGAAAACUAAGCUCAUAGCAUGGCCAACUGGUGCUUUAAUGAGUGUUUAAUGAAAGCGUGCAGCUUCAGAUUAUGCACCACAUUUGUUUGCAGCUUCACAUCUGCAGGCCCAACAAUGUUUUCCAAAGUUUUCCUGGGGAAUUCAUGCCCAGAUUUUAUUUUUUGUGUCAUAUCUUCUUGUAAUGGUAUACAACAGAUAAACCAGCUGCCUUGAGUGUUGAAAUGUUUUGGGAAAAAAAGUCGUUCCUGCUAAAUUGUAAUCUACACCCAUGUUAAAUCUUUAAAGAUGCUGGAUUGAACUUCCUGUCCAGAGCUGAGAAGAGGGCAUCCAGAGGCCAAGUGCAUAUGAGCUAAUUCAAGCCGGAUCUCUGGCUUUAUUCAAUUUAGUGAUGAGAAACGACACGUGUUUCCAGGUCCUAACGACGAAGGGAUGCACCUUGUUUUUCCCCUUUAAGGGUGAGCAGAAUGUGCCUUUUGUUUUACCUGCCUACUUUGCUUUUGAAGCUCUGAACACUAUAAAAUGUUGUUUUUCUGUAUUUAUGUGGAAAAGAAAGACUAAGAUACGGAAGGUGUCACUUUGAAGGACAUGACUGAAUAACAAACAGGCCUCAGACUAUCUUUUUGCUCCUUUUAGGUGCGUUUAAAGCAAUAAGAUGCUGGAUGGGAGCAGUGACAGAAGGUCACUGUGGUGCAGGGAAUGCAAAUCAAGACCAAUGCAGUUAGAUAACAAAAAGAAAACGUUACUGUUCAGAUUUUAUAAAAGUGUUUCACUCCUGAGUUGUUGGAUGAAAACAGGAGCAAGGCAGAAUGUUUACAACUGUAACUUUUUCGCUGUCAGCCCUCCCUCCAAACCACAAUAAGCAACAUGUUGGAUGGAGAUUUGCUUAGUGCCAGUAUUUUGUAUCCAAGCACUGUAUUUUUGAAACCAAGUUUUCAUGCUGUUAGCGACAUGCUGACAGCUGAUGCGUCACUCCCAGGCUGAGCAAACCUUCAACAAGACCGAGCUAGAGCAGCUCUACCAUAGAGCUGCAUCGAUCAGGUGCUUCUCUCUGCUGGUCAAACAGCAUCACUGCAACAGUUUGUGCACAAUGCUGCACUCACAGUCACACUUGUUCAUUUUUAACAAGCUGUCAAACUCCAUCUAUCUCCUUUUGUUCUUUAAAUCUCCCUUUCAUGCACUACUUUAACAAUAUUUCUUUAUAAAAAGGUCACUUUCGUGUAUUUUAAUGCUAAGCCAUCUAAUGGUGCCGCUUUGACAUGAAAUCGUUUCUGGUCAUUUCACACUUUGUUUACUGAAAGCACUUCCCUGUGAUCUGUUCUCCUCGCUGUCUGGAUCCUCGUGGAUCUUUGCACUCAGGAAAGUGUUCCAACACCCGCUGCAUUAUUUGAUUCAAAGCAGAUUAAAUCUGUUUGUUAUAAAAACAGGAAAAAUGCUGGAAGUGCUGCAGGGGUGUAAAAAAUUAUCUGGUGCUCUUCAGCCAAGGGAUACAUAUGAAUGUUAAGCAAAAAGAGGUCUGAGGCACUCAGCAGAUAGAAGGUUAAAAAGCCUUUAAUGAUGCAUGGCUUAAAUGGUUAAAAACUUUCUGCCGACGCGUUUCAGCCCACAGGGCCUUCGUCAGGACUCAAAUGUUUGUAGGUCCUCUCACUAACUUGAAAAGAAGGCCUAUCAGUGACACCUGCUGAAGUUGGGCAGGUAGACAGCAUCAUGAUUGGCUGACCAGUGUCGCACAAAAAAACUUUUACAUUCUGAAAAAUCUUAAAAUAACGAGAAAAACUCACAAAUGUUAAAUCAACUCUGAGAAUUAAGAAAAAGGAAAAGUAAGUAAAUACAAACUUAAAGACAAAUGGUACAAAUAUAGUAAGAAAACAUGGAAUUACAAAUAAUAGAAUUACCAAAAAGGAGCAAAAUCCAAUUCUCCAUUAAGGAGAUUAGAGGAUUUCCAGAUCUGAUUGCUUGUUUGUGUUCUGCAAGUCUUACUUUUAACUUAUGUUUAGUUCUCCCAAUAUAGAAGCAACCACAUGGGCAUUCUAGUCUGUAGACCACAAAUGAAGUAUUGCAAUUGAUGAAUGAAUCAGUGUAAAAGGUGUGUCCUGAGAAAAUAUCAGCAAACAAUUAGUAUUAGUCAUGUUGUCACAAUGAACAGUUUCCACAUUUAUGGUUACCUUUUCGAGUUGAGAGCCAAGUUUUUUGUUGCUGUAGAGGAAGGUGACGUUGAACAAGCUUCAUUUAACGUUGGAGUUCGUCUGAAGCUGAUAGACGGAGUAUCUGGGAGAGCUUCCCUGAGAGUACUGUUGCUUUUUAGUAAAUCCCAGUUUUUUGUAAUUAUUUGUUUAUUCUUGUUGGUUUGUAAUUAUUUAAUUUGUGGUCUACUUUUCCUUUUUCUCAAUUCUCAGAGGUAAUUUAACAUUUGUGAGUAUUUCUCCUUAUAAUAGGAUUUUUCAGAAUGUAAAAGAGUUUUUUUUUGUGCGAUACUGGUCAUUCAAUUCAAUUCAAAGAUACUUUAUUAAUCCCAGACGGAAUCAUGAUGCUGUCUACCUGCCCAACUUCAGCAGGUGUCGCUGAUUGAUCUUCUUUAUAAGGAAGUGAGAGGACCUACAAACAUUUUGAGCCCUGACGAAGGCCCUGUGGGCUGAAACGCGUCGGCAGAAAGUUUUAACCAUUUAAGCCAUGCAUCAUUAAAGGCUUUUUAAAUUUCUAUCUCCCGAGUGCCUCAGACCUCUUUUUGCUUAACAUAAAUCUGUUUGUUUUUACCUUCUGAUGAGUUUGUUUUAAUGUAAUAAAAAUUCUACGGCUUAUUUUUUUAGUAGUAGGGCUGAUGGUAGAUAUGAUGCCAUAGAUUAAGGAACAUAAUCAAGACUUGCUGCAUAAAAAAAGAAGACAUGCCUGUAACUUAGCUUAGAAAUCCUCACGCUGCUCAUGUAAACGUUGAAUAUUUCUAAGAAAUGUCGCUUCCUCAUGCAAUAAAUAGAUUAUUAGUGAGACAGAAGAUGACCAGCACCUGUAAACCAAUUCAAUGGGGUACCUUCAUUGUUUUGUUCGUUACAUUACAAAAUGCUCCCUGUGCCUUAUGUAUUACAUUAAUAACCAAAGGUGUAGGCUGUUAAUUCUAUUUUGAUGCAAACUCAUGACUGUAUGCGUCACUGUAUAUGUGCAAAAAUAAAAUGUUUAAACAUCA